CCCAUACCCAACUCACACUACGAUCCCCCCCCAAAAAUGCCAACCAUAAACCUAACCCAGCUACACCUCUCCACUCCCCUCCCUCCAACCUCAACCUCAACCCCCACCACACUCCUAAAAUCCCACCCUCUGCACGCCCACCCCCAAUCAAUCAACAUCAACAUCUACAUCCAGCUCGAAGACCCAAGCACCAUCUACCUCCUCCACGAGGACCCCACCACCACAACCCAAGCUACAAUCGAAAUCACCCGCAGAUCCACCCACAGAAUCGACCUCGAUCUCCCAGCCCAAACCCUCCCGCUGACCGCCCCCGUUCUCGCGAUAGGUCGGUAUUUCAUCCGACGCGGCCAACGCGCCGAAUUCCAGCGGACGUUUGAGGCGAGCAAAGCCCACCUUGAGGCGUUUACGGCCCCGUAUUCGCUGGUGGGCGGGUGGGUUGCUGGGGGUGAAGGGAAGAAUGGGGGGGAUGCAGACACCGACGAGGGGACAGCGGAGUUUGUUCUGUUUAGUGGGUGGGAGGCUAUCGAGAGGCAUUUUGCGUUUGCGGAGACGGAGGGCUUUAAGGAGUUUGCGAGGAUUAAGGAGUUUAUGGAGGGGGCGGAGAUUAAGCAUGCUGUGAGGUGGGAAGGGGGUGUCUGAAGGUUUCUUGCUGUGGAAUUCGGGCAUUGUGUAUAUAAGGUGUUGCGGUAGUCAAGGAUCUCUACUCUUACUUAUACUGGGCGGUACUAUGCUCAGCGUGAUAUCAUGCCAUUAGAAUAGUGCUAGACAGCACAAGGAAAAUUAGCAAUUAAUUGCUUGGAAUACUAUGC